GCCUCUCAUUCCGUGGUUACAGACGAGACAUGGCGACCACAGGGAAAAUUAUAGCUGUGCUGUUAUGUCUAUCGUGGCCGUAUCUAUCGGUGGCGCUUCCCAAUCCGCCCUUCCCCCCUGCGCUCCCUUUCGGCCGGAACGAAGCAAGCCCGUUGGAGAAUCCUUUCCUGUUGGGCCUGCCUGCCUUAGUCGUCUUCCCUGAGGCCAAUGAAGCGUUGUCCCCGCAAGCCGUCGGAGCGCCCGCUUUCGCCAACGUCCUUGGCCAGCAGCAUCGAGGAGAAACUAGUCCAAAUCAGCUCCCGCCAAAUAUAGGAUCAGGUCCUGUUCAGAAUGCGUUUUCAGAGACGCCUUUGAGCCCAAAGGCAACUGCGAGAGUUCGCCACCAAGAAAGUGAGGAGACGCUCCAGAGUGCUGCGGUAGCUGCGUACCGCGAGGGUGUAGCGGCGGUGACGGGGCCACUACUCUUCCGAAAUCACGUGAGCCGAAACGGCGACGAUCUGAUCGUAGGGAACAAGCGGUUCCCUCUAAGAAACAACGUUUACGUCGCAGGUUUCGGUAAGGCAGUACUGAGUAUGGUGGGGCCCCUGGAGGAGCUCCUGGGGUCUCACCUCCAAGGGGGGAUCGUCAGCGUCCCCGUCGGCAUCCAGCAAGACCUGAGAGGGCCGGGGAUGCUGCCAAGUCCACACUCGCGCGUGCAGGUCUUCGAAGGAGCUGCUGGUAACAUCCCUGACGAAGCCGCGGAAGAAACUACGAAGAAAAUCAUGCAUCUGGUCGCUGGUCUCAGUCCGGACGACUUCCUCAUCGUGCUGAUAUCAGGCGGAGGCUCGUCCCUCCUCCCCGCCCCCCUCCCGCCGCUCUCGCUCGCGGAGAAGGGCCACCUGGUCAGGGCCCUCGGCAAAGCCGGCGCCACCAUCAACGAGCUCAACACCGUCCGGCGUGCGAUCUCCCUCGCCAAGGGCGGUGGGCUGGCUCAGAUGUCCGCUGCUCCUCUACUAAGCCUCAUCCUCUCUGACGUGGUGGGCGACCCAUUGGAGGUCAUCGCAAGCGGGCCGACGGUCCCAAAUCCCGACGCGCCGGACGCCGCCAUUCAGGUGCUGCGCCAAUACAACAUGUCGCUCCCGCAGCCCGUGGAGGAUGCCAUCAGGACCAAGAACGUCGCAGGAAGGGACUUCAGCCACGUCAGCAACUUCCUCCUUGGCUCCAACAAGCUGUCCAUAGAGGCUGCCUCGCACCGUCUCCGACAUUUGGGCUUCGUCCCCGUGGCUUUCUCGUCCACCGUGACCGGCGAUGCAGUGCAGCUGGGACGCCACCUGGCGCAUCUGGCCGCCUUCAUCGCUUCCCAAUUGGCGGGUCGCCCGGCCACGCCGGUCGACACUAGUUACUGGGCCGAAACAGCUGGAAUCAGCAUCUCCGAUUGGAGAGAGCUGAGUUCAGCCAUUGUCAGAGCUCGCUUCGGCGGUGGCGCUGUGGCUGUGGUGACGGGGGGUGAACCUACCAGCACUGUGCGGGGGAGUGGAGGGCGAGGCGGCAGGAACCAAGAAGUGGCACUCGCGGCAGGAGUGGCGCUGGAAGAGGCGAUGACGGGUCAGACGGGCGAGGCCCUCGUACUGUCGGGGGCCACGGAUGGAAUCGACGGUCCGACGCCUGCGGCAGGAGCCGCGGCCUUCUGGAGGUCCUUGUCAACAGGAGGGCACAGGUCCACGAUGUCGGAGGGAGUGGAGCAGGGGCUUUCACCAGCCGAAAGUCUCGCAACGAGCGAUUCCUACACAUUUUUCGGGAAUCUGUCGGAUGGUCGUUAUCACCUUCUUCAGGGACACACUGGCACCAAUGUUAUGGACCUGCAUAUCCUCUUAGUCAAAGCCUAAGACUGAAACAUUCAGAAAACAUCUGAAUACAUUACCACACCAGUACCCUGUUAAAACGUACACCAUUGUAAGAAAAAAAAGGGCGUGCCACUUUCCACUAGCACGGCUCCAUCACUUCGAUAUGAAGCGAAACUCGACAGUCGAAGUCUCAAAUAUGUUUUCUAAGCCUCACAAACUAUAUUCAAUAAUUUUCAAGUGUACUUUCUGUAUUGCUGUUUUGUUAUUGUUGUUUCACGGAUUUACUUGUAUAUAUAAUAUGCCUUGAUUAACUUAUGCCUUGAAUAAAUAA